AGUGCCCAGGUAUGAGAGAUAAUAACACUGCUAUUGGCACCAUUUCGAACCCCCCGCCGCGUGCGCCACUCGGCCCGGGCCACAACACGCGGCGAGGGGCGGGGCGAGCGGCAGCUGGCAGGGACGGACGCACAUACACCUACUGCCCUUUUUAUUGAAGAUGGAGUUUGCUGAGUUGAUUCGCAUCUCUCGGUGUGACCGAGUGAUGCUGCACCGGCCCCACCAUGGGAUGCUGGACGGAACGCUCUGCAUCACAGGUCACCACCUCAUCGUCUCAGCUCACGGGGAGGAGCCAGAGGAGCUCUGGUUACUACACAGCAAUAUAGACGCAAUUGAGAGGAGGCAGCAGGGCAUGACGGGAGGAACACUGUGGCUCAAAUGUAAGGACCUGCGGAUUCUGCAGCUUGAUGUCAUUGGAGCUGACCACUUCGCCAAAGUUGCAGACACACUGGAAGAUCUGAUUCGUGUGGACGAUCCCACAUUCAAGUAUCCAUUCUUCUACCGAGCCAUGUACACUGUCCUCGAGGACGGCUGGACCACCUUCCUGCCGGAGUCUGAGUUCUCACGCCUCAUCCAGCCUGGUGAUGACUGGAGGAUAUCUUAUGUUAACAAGGAUUAUAAGGUGUGUCCUUCGUACCCAAAUGCUGUUGUUGUCCCAAAGAAUAUUGAAGACAGUGACCUUGUAGCCAUUGCCAACUUCCGCCAGGCAGGUCGAUUCCCUGUCCUGGCCUACCGCCACGAAGGAUCGGCUGUCCUCCUGAGAAGCGGUCAGCCGCUCAUCACAGCCAAUGGUAAGCGGUGCAAGGAGGACGAGCGGCUCCUGAACAGCGUGCUGGCCCGGGAGAAGCGCGGCUACAUCAUUGACACCCGCACACAGAACCUGGCACAGUCGGCAAAGAAUCUUGCGCAGUCAGCAAAAGUUCAGCUACGAGGCGGAGGCUAUGAGCCGGAGGUGCACUACCCCAACUGGCGCCGCGUCCACAAGCCCAUCGACCGCCACCACGUGCUGCUGGACUCCCUCACCAAGCUGAUGGAUGGUGUGAAUGACACAAACUCCGGGACUGACAAGUGGCUGAGUCGCCUUGAGAGCAGCAACUGGAUGAACAACAUCAAGGAAACACUGAACUGUUCAUGUCUUGUGGCACAGUGCCUGGACCAGGAUGGAGCUUCAGUCCUGGUCCAUGACACAGAAGGAUUAGAUUCCACCCUACAAGUUACGUCGCUGGCACAAAUCAUCCUUAAUCCUGACUGUCGGACCGUCAGAGGCUUUGAGGCGCUGAUAGAGCGUGAGUGGAUCCAAGGAGGCCACCCCUUCGCCACGCGCCACGCCCGCUCCUGCUACACGCCCAGUGCCCAGCGCUCUAAAGUCAACUCCCCGACCUUCCUUCUCUUCCUUGAUUGUGUCUACCAGAUACACUCACAGUUCAGCUGCAGCUUUGAAUUUGCUGAAAACUUCCUUGUCAUGCUGUUUGAGCAUUCAUACUCAUCACAGUUUGGCACAUUCUUAGGCAACAAUGAAGGAGAGAGAAGAGCAAUGAGGGCUCCUGAGAGAACUGCCAGCCUGUGGUCGUACAUCAAUCGCCACGAGGUUCUUCCCAAGUACCUGAAUCCCAUGUAUGAGCCAAACCAGCGAGUAAUAUGGCCUUCAGUGGCUCCAAUGAGUCUGCAACUGUGGGGUGGCGUGUACCUGCGCUGGGUGGUGGACCAGGGGCCGCAGGAGGCUGCGUGGCUGGUGGUGAAGGACAUAAGGGAACGUGAUGCUGCCCUCAGGUCCAAGGUGGCUCGUCUGAGGCGGCAGCUGCAGGACCUGGAGAGGGAGGCUCUGGAGGUUGGUAUAUUGUCUCCCUCAACAGAGGUGGAGGUGGUCUAGAGGGAGGCCUUGGCAGGGCUGGUUGUCCUUGAAAGCAUUCAUGUGUUUGUCAGGCAAAACCUCAUGGUGUUUCCUUUUACUGUAUUUAUGUAGCUCUCUUUUCUCCACUACACUUUACAAUGAAUACAAUAAUUAUAUUUAUAUUUAAUUUUCAUAUUGCCCUAGUCAUUAUACAGUGAACCCAUAAGUGAAGUUAUACUAUAGGGGUCAGAAGUUGUGUCCAUGAAUACAGUUCAAAUCAUUAUUUAUUUCCUUCUCACUGCUGUUAUUGUUUGAAUUUAAUAUUUUGUUAUGAAUUUUAACUACUUAUAUAAAAAUAUUUUAUUCAAAGUUGUAUCAAUAUUUUGUUCAUAAAACGUUGUGAACAUUCUAGUCUCUAUCUGGUUUCCCUUUCACUUCUUGAGUAGAAGUGUCGGGAACGGUUGGGGCAUCUAUGGCAAGCAUCAGCUAAAAAUACUCUGCCUUGUUACUUAAAAGGAAUACGUUGCCAGCUAACUUGAGCAAAAUUUGGCCUCUUAAGUACUCAAUACUUAAUCAUACUUUGUAUAAGUGUAAAUUAUUGACACAGUUUCACCCUCCUCACUUCGUAGUAGAAAUGUAAUACUUUUCCCAGUGGCAGUCUAGCAUGUGAGGGGAGUGAUAGGAAAGACAGCAGAUUGUAUGUGACAGGUAUGUUUUGAGUUGCCAUGAAUUGGUUUGUACUCUAGUAGACACACACACACACACCACACCACACACAAAGUCUUCAAACCUUGCACCAGUAAAUUCUCACCACAGCAACAUUGAUUUCCACUAUACUUGUGUUAAUAUAAUUGCACAUUUUUUUAUUGGUGGUUGACUGGGUUAAGUAAGACCUUUACAGUGGGAAAUCAGGCUGUUACAGUGUGUUAGAAUACUGCAGAGGAGAGGAGGGAGGAAGGGAGACCACAUUGCACAAGGGAUAAGUGUAUGAACAAGAUAAACUAACACUUCCUCCAUGGCCACUCCUUGGACGAAGCCUCAAGUGCUGGCUACAGGAAUAGACAGGAUAAUAUAAGAAUAAUAUAAGGUAUACUUGUUCAUAAAGUGAGCUGUGUCCUCGAGAGAAAAAUAUAAUAUACAUCAACAUAGAAUAACCAACACAGCUUUGUUUCAUAUCACAGAGUAAGUGUAUGUUGAGCUCUUUACUUCCUUGAGCAUGAUUUUUAAGCACAAGUAAGGGCAUGGUGUACUUCCACAAGCCUAAUAAAGUCAGUGCAGCAUAUCAGUGUUGGGAAUAGUUAGAACAUGCUGGUAUGUAUCACUGUGUUAAAGGAGUCUACCUUUAAAGUGUGUUUGAAACCUUGAAUUUGUACAAUUUUGUGUCUAGAUGUACAUUUCUAGUGAAUCCUCCAAAUAGUUUCUAGAAGGCUGAGGGUUUCUCAUGUGUUGUGAUUUUAAUUAAUGAUUUUUGUAUCAUGUUUUAUAUUAAAUUGUAAGUGGAAUUACUGCAGGGGCAGACAAUGGAUGAAAUACAUAAUGGGAGAAGUAAUUACAUGGUUAUUACAAAUCGGUGAAACAUAAAUCUGCUAAAAAUGUCCUGGAUCAGCAGAGAGGAUAUUGUUGGUAAAGAAGUCUUGCAGCACCACAGAUUAAGAAAAGCAUUGCAGUUUUCCCGCCUUGCUUUUGGGAAAACUUGAAACGCCAGAAUUUUCUCUUUACUACACUCCCACAUGACCUCUGUGUGUAACGAAACGCCAAGAAAUUAAUCCAGACAAGGAAAGGUUUUGCCGGCGCCGGGGACUGAACCCAUGACCAGCGAGACGGGAGAGCCACUCCUUAACCAGUUGGCCAAAGAGGUACCUCCCUCACAGUGAGUUAUGGGAGGCUUGUCCAUCAGGCAAGUCAGCUGCACUACAAACUUACCAUGUAUGAUUGGCAUCUGCAUUAGCUGCAUGAUAAUCAGUUUUAUUGAAUAAGGUCUAAACAGUACAUUCCUUUCUUAUUGUAUUAAUAAUCAUUCAGUUUUAUAUUUUGUAAUAGUUGGGGUUCUGAUAUGUAAUCAGCAAAACAAACAGAUCACUUAAUACAAAAGUCUUGAGUUUGAGUUCUUUGACUUCAUUAUCUUCCUUGAUGAUACACUUCUUUACUGCAUGAAGUUGAAAAUAAGUGGAAUAUUGGGUGCAGUGUUAAUAUUGUAAAUAGUGAGUAUAAUCUGAAAAUGGUAGAUCCAUAGGAUGAGUAAAGCCUGCUGUGUAUACAGUAUGAAUUUACCUACUUCGCAUUUCACUGCAAGGGGAAGGGAGUAGUAACCAAAUAACUCAACAUAAUGGUUAUACUCUAGACUUCUCUGUUUGUUCAUUGUUUGUGCACAUGUAUACAGAAAAAAACAGCAGCAUUAAAAGGAGAUUAGGCAUAGCUGAAAGAAAUCAGCACUACCAUCAAUACAGUUUAAAUAUGUGAAAGACGAGGUUGACAGCUGCACAUGUCUAGGACUCGAGAAAAUAAAUUUUGAAAUGGAGAUACAGAACUGUUAGAAGUAACAUUUGACAGCUGGGCUCCUUUCCUAGUACACUGACACAUGAGAGUCUGCAGCGAUUACCUGUGAAACUGCGGAGAACUAGGGAAGUGCAUGCGAUUAAAAGCUGUGAUUUUUCUUCAAUCCCUCACCACACUUAGGUUUUAUAUAGCACUAUUUGGUAAGCAAAGGUUUGUUAAAAGAACUGCUAAUUUUAAAGUAUGACAACCCAUUGUUUAUAUUCAGGUUGAAUUUUAUGACUUUUCCACUCGGUCACCAAACUUCCCUCGAGUUACUCAUUCCUGUACUACUUAUGCCUUGAUGCCACACCUGUUUCAUGUCGGCAUGCCUUGUGCUGUAUAGAUAGAUAUAUUAGACAAAUAUUAAUUAGUGAUAAAUGUAAGUCUAAAGUAACCCAACUCUCAUAUAGGGAGUUGAGCAGAUCUUACCUGUGUGGUAUGCAUUCCUGGGCAAGUGUUAAUGUUUGUAUAUUGAGAGUUUUAACUGUUGAAGGGACAUGAUGUACACUGGAACAGCUGUAGUCUGUGCUGUGUAGGUUUUGAGGGUUUUUAUGAAGAGAUGCUCAGUUCUAGUCAUCACUUAAUGAUGAGUCCGUGUAGACUGUAGAGGGUCGGUGUGUUGCCGGCCCCCUGAGUUCACCCACCUUACAUAACCAUUUCUUAAUACAAAGUGAAUAAAAAUUCAGCUUUCAUAGAAAAGCUGAAAAUUAAUAUAUAAUAAUAUAUCAACUAUGACAUUAUUUUGUUCCUCAGAUAUAUUUUGUACUUUAGUCGUGUCCACUUGUAACUGUGUCAUGGCUCCGUGCAGAUCAAGAGCCACGGCUGGUUCUUGACGACUUUACUUACUUGUCAUACACAGGCUAAGUUAGACCAUGUACAUGCUGUCAUGGGUAAAUGGUCAAGAAAAAUAAAUGUUUGUAUUUUAUGUUGUAUUAGAAUUUAAGAGAUUAUGUCUUGCCAAUUUUUUUUUUUUUAUAUGUUGUUAUAAACUGUAUAUUUAAGAAAUGUUUUUGUUUUAAAGACAUUGUAGAAAAUAUUGGUGCACUAACUAAUAUUCCUAGUUAUACAUAUAAAGGAUCAGACACAUGUGCAUCUACCCUCCA